AUGAAGUCCUUCUCUCUUCUAGCCCUUAGCCUUUUGGCCGCGGCCGCUGUUGUCCAUGCAGACCUGUGCAUCCAGGGCUGGAACUCGCCAGACUGCACAGGCACUCAGACUGUCAGCAUCUGCGCUUCGCAGCUCGUGAUUGGCCAGUGCGGCCGUGUCGGGACUAACGGCCCAUUUCGGUCUGUCAGGAUAACAGGCGAAUCAAACAAAUAUAACAUCAACCUCUGGGACGGUGAUUUCCAGUGCAACGGAGCUCUUGACGACCGUGCAGCGAUUAAGACGCCUAUUAGUGGUUGCAAGGACACCAGGGCGAACUACGACAGCUGGAUGAGGGUUGCUUAA